AUCAUUAUCUCAUUACCCCCAGCUCGAGCAUCGGUUCGCAAGGAAGGAAAGUCUACUGAUGGAAGUCGAAACCAGCUGCGAUAGUUCCAAGUACACCAUCUCUCCGAAUUUUGAUGUUGGACCAACUCCUUCCAUUUUCUCUCACUCCGACCUCAUACAUCUUAUCAAAUGCAAUGACCCGCCUUCGCCGACUGAAGAAGUGGCUCUGAAUGGGAUAAUUUCAGAAGCAGAGAGUCACUUGCUGAUGCUCCGGCAGAAGAUCGAAUCCAUUACAGGAGCAAACGACAAUCCCGGUGCGCGACUAUCGUUUUCCAACACUGCCGGGACUGUAGCAACUCUGGUUGAGAAGUAUCAAGAAACUGAAUAUUCCAUUCGAGCAGCAAAACGUCUCUUCAACCCGGUCCGACGUUUACCCGUCGAAAUUCUUCACGAAAUCUUUCUUCUUGUGGUCGAAUUCCCCCCUCCAAAAGUAUGGGACAGACGAAGCCAUUGUUGGAGGAUCCAACAUAAGAAACCAUCGCUGUGGGACUUGGAGUUGGUAUCGAAGAGCUGGCGAUUCGCCUUGCUGUCGUGUUCCCACGCGUGGUCUUACAUUUGUCUUAGGGACACCGAUAGCUUCGAGAUAACCGCCGAUAAUUCUGCCUUUCGUGGGCUUAUGCGUCAGGUCGAGAGAUCGAAGCCAAGACCAUUAUCUGUGUCAAUUCACCAAUCUUCACGCCGAGGCUAUCCGGACUUACUUAUCGCAGCACUUAUUCACUUUGCCGGUAGGAUCGUAACUCUUCAAUUGGCAUCUGGGAUCGUCCUCCUCCAAGAUCUUAACCCCCUUCAAUUUUUUCUGCUGUCCCUCCAACAUCUAUCUAUCAUAUCCGUAAUACCUGACCUCGAUGCGGUUGCAUCUGGCGUUUUCAAAGCCUUUUCGUUUGCACCGCUGCGGUCAUUGGAGCUCUGGCAAGUGUCGUCUCCCGAUGCAUUUGUCAUAUCCUGGCCACAGAUCCGCCGCUACAAGCAUCUGUAUUGCUAUUCCCAGGGAUUCUGGGGGCCUUCAGACUCACUUUCCCUCGAUGCCUUAUGGCAAAUCAGUCGUUUCAGCGACAUCGAAGAGUGUGAAAUGAGCUGCACCGAGCUCUUUCCACACCAACUUCAAGUACCGGGGCUCCUCGAUAUGAUUACACUCCCCGAGCUCCAUACGCUACGCAUGCUGACGUCGGAAAGCAAGGGGUUCGAAACAGUGCCCUUGCUACUCGAUCAUCUGACCACGCCAGCCCUAGCGCGUGUGACAAUGCAGGCCUUCGAACAGCUUGAGAACCCCGCACCAAAUGCUGUUCCCUCCCUUUUCCGACUCUUCCACCGUUCUCAUUGUUCUAUCACAUGCUUAGACCUAACGGACGUACGGGUCUCAGAGGCCGAUAUGGAAACACUUUCCCACCUGGAGCUCGUGUAUCAAGCUCUCCAGGAAUUGCAUCUAUCCAAUGUCGGCUCGGACAGCCUCUCGGACAGGUUCCUCUCUAGCCUACGGUACAUCAGGCCCACACUGUCCCCGUUCCCCAGUUUACACACGCUGCGUCUUUGUGGAAAGUGUAAUUUUGUGCCGCAGCGGUUCGUCGAGGUGGUUGCGUCUCGAUGUAUGCAGGACGCUAACCAAGAGCCUGUGCGUAUCCAGAACGUUAAGUUGGUUUGGGUUUUGGGACCUGACCAGUUGGAUCACUGUCAAUACAUACGUGAAAAGCUUGUGCCGUGUCAAAGGGGCGGCUUGAAUCUUGAAGUCCGUUCAGUCCAGGGCCUGUAG